AUGAAAUUCAGGCCUUUGCAUGACCGGGUCGCCGUUCGCCGCGUCGACGAAGAAGAGAAGACCGCCGGUGGCAUCAUCAUCCCGGACACCGCCAAGGAAAAACCCAGCCAGGGUGAGGUCAUCGCCGUCGGGCCCGGCGCACGCAACGACAAGGGCGAACUGAUCGCGCCGGACGUGAAGGUCGGCGAUCUGGUUCUCUUCGGCAAGUGGUCCGGCACCGAGGUGAAGGUCGGCGGUGAAGACCUCCUGAUCAUGAAAGAGUCCGACAUCAUGGGCGUGCUCGAAAAGACCAAGGAGCAUCCCAAGAUGGCUGCAAAAGACGUCAAGUUUUCGACCGAUGCCCGCGAGCGCAUGCUGCACGGCGUCGACGUUCUGGCGGAUGCGGUCAAGGUCACCCUGGGUCCCAAGGGCCGCAACGUCGUUCUCGACAAGUCCUUCGGUGCCCCGCGGGUGACCAAGGACGGCGUGACCGUCGCCAAGGACAUCGAACUGAAGGACAAGUUCGAGAACAUGGGCGCCCAGAUGGUCCGCGAGGUCGCGUCCAAGACCAGCGAUAUCGCCGGCGACGGCACCACCACGGCCACGGUACUGGCCCAGGCGAUCGUCCGCGAGGGCGUGAAGGCGGUGGCCGCCGGCAUGAACCCGAUGGACCUGAAACGGGGUAUCGACAGCGCCGUGGAAGCCGUGGUGGCUGACCUGCAGAAGCGUUCCCGCAGAAUUGCGUCCAACGACGAAAUCGCCCAGGUCGGCACGAUCUCGGCCAACGGCGAUGCCGAGGUCGGGGCAAUGCUGGCCGAGGCCAUGGAGCGCGUCGGCAACGAGGGCGUGAUCACGGUCGAAGAGGCCAAGUCGCUGGAGACCGAACUGGAAGUGGUCGAAGGCAUGCAGUUCGACCGCGGCUACCUCUCGCCCUACUUCGUCACCGAUGCCGACAAGAUGCAGGCGGUGCUGGAAGACCCCUACAUCCUGGUCCACGAGGCCAAGCUCAGCGGGCUGCAGUCCAUGCUGCCGCUGCUGGAAUCGGUGGUGCAGUCCGGCAAGCCGGUGCUGGUGAUCGCCGAGGAUGUGGAGGGCGAGGCGCUCGCCACCCUGGUGGUGAACCGCCUGCGCGGCGGCCUGAAGGUGGCGGCGGUCAAGGCGCCGGGCUUCGGCGACCGGCGCAAGGCCAUGCUGCAGGACAUCGCCAUCCUGACCGGCGGCACCGCGGUCUCGGAAGACGUCGGGAUCAAGCUGGAGAACGUCACCCUGGACAUGCUGGGCCGCGCCAAGCGGGUGAUCAUCACCAAGGACGAGACCACCAUCGUCAGCGGCGCCGGCAAGAAGAGCGACAUCCAGGCCCGCUGCAGCCAGAUCAAGGCGCAGAUCGAGGAAACCACCUCGGACUACGACCGCGAAAAGCUGCAGGAGCGCCUGGCCAAGCUGUCCGGCGGCGUGGCGGUGAUCCGCGUCGGCGGCGCCACCGAGGUCGAGGUGAAGGAGCGCAAGGACCGCGUCGACGACGCGCUUCAUGCGACCCGUGCCGCGGUCGAGGAAGGCAUCGUGCCGGGCGGCGGCGUCGCCCUGCUGCGCGCGGCCGCCAAGCUCGACAAGCUGGAGGGCGAAAACGAGGACCAGAAAGUCGGCAUCCGCAUUGUCCGCAAGGCGCUGGAGUCGCCGCUGCGCCAGAUCGCGGUCAAUGCCGGCGCCGACGGCUCCAUCGUGGUCGGCAAGGUGCGCGAGCAGAAGGACCAGCAGGCGGGUUACAACGCCCAGAGCGGCCGCUACACCAACCUGGUGAAGGACGGCGUUAUCGACCCCACCAAGGUGGUGCGCGCGGCCCUGCAGGAUGCGGCCUCCAUCGCCGGUCUGCUGAUCACCACGGAAGCCAUGGUCGCCGAAAAGCCGGAAGACAAGGCCCCGGCCAUGCCCGGCGGCGCCCCCGGAAUGGGCGGCAUGGGCGAUAUGGGCUUCUAA